AUGAGCGCCGCUAAAGAAACAUUCUUAUUCACUUCCGAGUCAGUCGGUGAAGGUCACCCAGAUAAGAUCUGUGACCAAGUCUCAGAUGCCAUCUUAGAUGCUUGUUUGGCUGUGGACCCAUUGUCCAAGGUUGCUUGUGAAACUGCUGCCAAAACUGGUAUGAUUAUGGUUUUCGGUGAAAUCACCACCAAGGCUACUUUGGACUACCAAAAGAUUAUCAGAGACACCAUCAAGCACAUUGGUUACGACCACUCUGAAAAGGGUUUCGACUACAGCACUUGUAACGUUUUGGUUGCAAUUGAACAACAAUCUCCAGACAUUGCUCAAGGUUUGCACUAUGAAAAAGCUUUGGAAGAAUUGGGUGCCGGUGACCAAGGUAUCAUGUUUGGUUAUGCCACCGAUGAAACCGAUGAAAAAUUGCCAUUGACCAUCUUGUUGGCUCACAAAUUGAAUGCUGCAUUGGCCUCUGCUAGAAGAUCAGGCGCUUUGCCAUGGUUGAGACCAGAUACCAAGACCCAAGUUACCGUUGAGUAUGAAAAGGAUGGUGGUGCUGUUAUUCCAAAGAGAGUUGACACUGUUGUUAUUUCCACCCAACACUCUGACGAUAUCUCUACUGAGAAAUUGAGAGAAGAGAUUAUCGACCACAUUGUCAAGAAAGUCAUUCCAGCAAAUCUUUUGGACGACAAGACUGUUUACCACAUUCAACCAUCUGGAAGAUUCGUCAUUGGAGGUCCUCAAGGUGAUGCCGGUUUGACUGGUAGAAAGAUUAUCGUUGACACUUAUGGUGGAUGGGGUGCACACGGUGGUGGUGCCUUUUCCGGUAAGGAUUUCUCCAAGGUUGAUAGAUCAGCUGCUUAUGCUGCUAGAUGGGUUGCUAAGUCUUUGGUCAAUGCUGGUUUAGCCAGAAGAGCUUUGGUGCAAUUUUCUUACGCCAUUGGUGUUGCUGAGCCAUUGUCCAUCUAUGUUGACACAUAUGGUACUUCAAAGUAUACCUCAGACCAAUUGGUUGAAAUCAUCAAGGCCAACUUUGACUUGAGACCAGGUGUCAUUGUCAAGGAAUUGGACUUGGCCAGACCAAUCUACUUCAAGACUGCCUCAUACGGUCAUUUUACCAACCAAGAAAACCCAUGGGAGCAACCAAAGAAGUUGAAGUUUUAA